AUGAUUCUCUCUCUUUCUAUAUCCCUUGACUUGAAUCCACUUAAUACGACGCAUGUUUUCUCACUAAUUAUUCUAUAUAAACUCGGAUUCGCUAUGGAGCACUUGACACAACUUUGCGCAACAGCUUCGUCAAUAUCUCUUCUCUACUUAAUUAUUCAGCAAAAUCAAUAUGACAAUUGCAUUAUAUACCCUUAUAUUACAACACGAGCACUUCGUAAGGCGCUUAAUAACCAUGUUAUUAUGUUGCUCCUCUUUUGUGGACUAAUCGAAUCGGUCACCGACAUCAGCUUUCAAGCUCAUUAUUACCGAACAAGAACGGCAUUAGCACUAACACCUGGCUUCUGUUAUACUUGGAUAUUUACUGGCGUAGCAGCGUAUGACUCGACAUUUAUUCUGAUGGCGUGGGCAUCAAUUGAGCGACACAUUCUAGUUUUCUAUCCACGUUUAUUUGGAACAAAUCGAAAACGUAUUUUGUUCCAUUAUCUACCACUGGCUGUCUGUGUCCUGUGGCCAAUAAUAUUUGCUACGACAACAAUAUUCAUAUUACCGUGCGAUGUUGUAAUCGGCUAUAAUCGACGAUAUUGCGGCUUAUAUUACUGUGUUACUCUUCGAAAGUGGUCAACGUGGGUAGAUAGUAUGGCAAAUUACAUUUUGCCAGCAUUUGUUGCCGUAUUCUUUAGCAUGUGGUUAUUUAUACGUGUAUUGUGGCAUCGGUAUCGUAGUCGUGGACGAAUUGAUUGGCGAAACUACAAGAAAAUGGCAGGUCAAUUAUUGCCAAUUUCAAUUCUGUAUACCUGCAUGCAGUUACCACCGAUGAUUCUAUAUGCUGCUUAUUCGGGCGGUUUACCGUACACUGUUGGAAACGAUUACUACAGCGAUAGUUUAUUUUUUACGUAUUGGGUUGUAUUAUUCACUCCAUUUGCAUCUGUUAUUUCGUUACCGGAUUUAAAAGGAAGAGUUCGUAAAAUUAUCUUUUUUUGGCGCCCUCGGAAUGCUGUUCAACAGGCAAUGACAAUCAGCCGUCGGGCUGGUGAUCAAACCGCAGUGCCAGGGCGUACUGUACCAAAUAGGGCAGGAGUGAAACCAGCACCCACACCAGGAGCAACAGCACCACCAGCACCACCAGCACCCACACCAGGAGCAACAGCACCACCAGCACCACCAGCACCCACACCAGGAGCAACAGCACCACCAGCACCCACACCAGGAGCAACAGCACCAGCAGCACCGGCAUCAGCAGCACCCACACCAGGAGCAACAGCACCACCAGCACCAACACCAGCACCCACACCAGGAGCAACAGCACCACCCUCACCCACCCCAGCACUCACACCAGGAGCAACAGCACCACCAGCACCAACACCAGCACCCACACCAACACCAGGAGCAACAGCACCAGCGGCGGCAUCAGCAGCACCGGCACCAGCACCAGCACUAGCAUCGAAGCAAGUGACAAGUAUGUUUUCAGCAAUAACAGUAAGUAAGAUGCCGUCGGUCGAAAUAUAA